AUGGUUGAGACAGCCGGAUGGAUUCCUGAUAACACACCCUUCGUCGGGACAACCAACAGCUCCUUGGAUCGAAGCAACUUGGGGAAUGCCAAAACAGCCGGCCUGGCCGAAGACAUCAAGUUGACCAGUGACCAGUACAACUUGCUCCUGACCCUCUACCAUGUUAUGUUCGUGGGCUUCAGCCCGGUCAUGACCGUCUUCACCAAAGUCUGCUCGGCCAAGGUCAGUUUGCCUUGUAUGAUGCUGACCUUGGGUAUUGCGUUGGCCUGCACCUCGGUCGCCAAAAACUUUGGUCAACUGCUCACCUGUCGCAUUUUUGUCGGUAUAUUCGAGUCCGGGUUUCUGGCGUCGUAA